AUGGGUCUCGGCGUGCUCGAGUCAACCAAGUCACAGCAUGUCCCGGGCACCGCAACCCUCGACGACCUGAACCCCCUCGCGCACCUCCACAACACCCACGACACGCACCUCAAACGCAGCAAAGAUGGCACAAUCCUUGUCCCCCAACCCAGCGACUCCCCCGACGACCCACUCAACUGGCCGCUCUGGCGCCGCGACCUCAUCACCUCCAUCCUCUGCCUCCUCUCCGUCAUCGCCUCCACCCUCUCCCCCCUCCUCGCCGCCAACACCCUAACACUCACCCUCUACUUCCGGCGACCCUUCACCGACAUCGCGCUGCUGACCGGCUACCACCUCCUCGGCGUCGGCCUCGCGGGCUUCAUAUUCGUCGCCAGCGCGCGCGUGUACGGCAAACGCCAUCUCUACCUCCUCGGGACCGUCAUCAUCAUCAUCAGCAGCGCGUGGGGUGGGGGAAGCGGACACAACUACCGCUCCCUCCUCGCCGCCCGCUUCUUCCAAGGCGUCGGCCUCGCGCCGUUCGAAGCCCUCGUCAACGCCAGCGUGGGCGACUUGUACUUCGUGCACGAGCGCGGCAAGCGCAUGGCCCUGUCCAAUCUCAGCCUAUUCGGCGGCGCCUUCUUCACCCCCGUCAUCGUCGGCAAACUCACAAGCACACUCGGCUGGCAAUGGUCGUUCUACCUCCUCGCCAUCUUCGCCGCCGCCAUGCUCCCCCUCGUCAUCCUCUUCUGCCCCGAAACGGCCUACGUCCGCGACGACGCGCUCAACACCGAUUCCAACACCACCUACGCAUCUUCCCACCCAACCACAACAGCCGGCAAAGAAAUGCACCUCCAACCACCGCACCACUCCAACACCAGCUCCCUCGACAACGACACCGACAACGACAUCAACCUCAACUCCCCCCGCCCAACCCACACAACCAUCACCCCCACCCCCCUAAUCUCCAAAGCCAAUCUCCUACCCAUCAACGGCCGCAAAACCCACGACUCCUUCCUGCUCCUCCUCGCCCGCCCCUUCCCCCUCUUCCUCCACCCGGGCAUCCUCUGGGCCUGCCUAAUCCAAGGCACGCUCAUCGGCUGGACGGUCCUGAUCGGCAUCGUCCUCGCCGCCAUCAUGCUCGGCCCGCCCCUCUUCUUCAACGAAGUCCAAACGGGGUACAUGUACACGGGCGCGUUCGUCGGGGCGCUCCUCGGCUUCGUCCUCGCGGGGGUCCUGUCGGAUAGCAGUGCGAAGAUGAUGACGAGAUUGAACAAGGGCGUUUAUGAACCCGAGUUCCGACUCGUCCUCGUCAUCCCGCAGCUCAUCUUCGGUUGCGCGGGAUUAUACGGUUUCGGCAUCACGAGUGCGAAUACAUCCGUCUACGGCUGGUUCUGGCCGGAUUUCUUCUUCGCGCUCGAAGUGAUGGGGAUGGUUCUUGGCGCUGUCGCUUCGGCGUUAUAUAUCGUCGACGCGCAUCGGGAUGUUGCGGUCGAGGGGUUUACGUGUUUGUUGGUGUUUAAGAAUAUCUUCUCGUUCGGCCUGACGUUCAGUGGGUAUGGGUGGCUUGUGAGAGGAGGGGUGAGGCGGGUGUUUAUGGCGAUUGCGAGUGUGCAGGUGGUUGUUUGUUGUUUGACGGUGUUCAUGUACGUCUUCGGCAAGCGCAACCGCGCCUUCUUCGCCCGAAACGACAUAUUGAAGAUGUUUCACCUGCGAUAG